CCUCCCUCGCGUCGUGGUGUUGCAGCCAGGCCCAUGCUGUCGGGGAUCGACUCCUCCGGUCGGUCCAUCUCUGCUAGUACUAUAGAAAAUAGCUGGUACGACCUUUGAAUUGCACAUCCCCAAUGAAUAUAAACACGCGUUUCCAAUUGCACGCGCGGGGCGUCGGUGUGCCGCUGCAGCCCAGCCGGGACGGGAGAAUCUUUAUCCAAACAGGUUUCCGUGCGCACACGGUUUGCUGUUCCGGCCCAACUCUACCUCUCGGUGCCUUCACGCAUCAUCCCACCGCCUGUCUCGUUCCACUUCCAGUCUUCUUUUGCCCCCGAUCCCCCUUUCAUUUCAACUCGCAUCUCCCGCGCCGCGCAGCCCCAGCGCCAGCCCCCAUGGACCUGCCGGUGGUGGAUCUCGCGCCGUAUCUUCGGGCCGCCGCCGGCGACGCGGCCCCGGCGGGUGAGGAGGAGCUGCGCGCGCUGUGCGCCACGGUGAGCGCUAGUCUGCGGGAUACGGGGGCGUUGCUGGUGAUGGACCCGCGCUGCUCCGCGGCGGACAACGACCGCUUCCUCGACGUCGUCGAGCGCUACUUCGCCCGAUCCGCCGACGCAAAGCGCCUCCAGGAACGGCCCCACCUCCACUACCAGGUUGGUGUCACACCCGAAGGGGUGGAGGUUCCUCGCAGUUUGGUCGACGAGAACAUGCAGGAGAAGAUCAGGAGCAUGCCAGAGGAGUUUCAGCCAGCCACGCCUAAAGGGCCGGACCCGAAAUGGCGGUACAUGUGGAGAGUGGGUCCUCGCCCUGCAAAUACCCGUUUUAAGGAGCUAAACUCAGAACCUGUUAUCCCUGAGGGAUUACCUGAGUGGAAAGAGACGAUGGAUUCCUGGGGUUCUAAAAUGAUUUCUGCAAUCGAGGUUGUUGCUGAGAUGGCUGCAAUUGGCUUUGGCCUGUCCAAGGACGCAUUUACUUCUUUGAUGAAGGAGGGACCACAUCUCCUAGCACCAACUGGAAGUGACUUGCAGCGUCAUGGUUCUGAGGGCACUGUUUUUGCUGGAUUCCACUACGAUCUUAAUUUUUUGACAAUACAUGGCCGGAGUAGAUUCCCAGGCCUAAACAUCUGGUUAAGGAAUGGUAAAAAGAUGGAGGUGAAAGUCCCUGUUGGUUGCCUUCUAAUUCAGUCUGGAAAACAGCUGGAAUGGCUUACUGGUGGCGAUUGUUUGGCUGGAAUGCAUGAGGUAGUGGUGUCUAAGAGAACGCUAGAUGCCAUAGCACUAGCGAAAGAGCAAAAUAGAAGCUUGUGGAGGGUUUCAUCAACAUUGUUCGCGCACAUUGCUUCGGAUGCAAUUCUUAAGCCGCUCGGCCACUUUGCUGAAGCACCUGAUGCUCAUUCCUAUCCACCUAUAUGCGCUGGGGAUUAUGUCGAGCAGGAGCUUUCAGUCAUUAACCUGAAAGGAAAGGAUGGAGUAUAGACUCUAUGCAGCAGAUGGAUCUGGUUAUCUUAUGAAUUGACAGAUACCAGGAUGCAAAACUAAAUUACCCAAACUGGCAAUUGGGUCUUCGUUUCCCAGUGCUGUUGUACUGAAGGUGGUUAAGUUGUUUUGAAGAUAUGCUUGUUCAUUGCUCUCGUUAAGAUAGUGGAUACCCUUCUUUACGUACCACAUUAUCACUUGUGAAAAUAAAAUGUAUAGCUUACACAUAAAGCUGCUAUUCUCCUAGUGCAAUCCUGAAACUGUUAUUCACCUAGUUCAGUCAUCUGUAAUGUCUAAAACAGAGAACAUUUUCAUCGACCAAAAUUA